AUGGCGCGCCGCCAGCAUCUCUCCCUUAUAGUGGUGCUGGGCUUCUUCGCCUGCUUCACCCUCUUCUACCUCUUCUCCGGCCCAUCAGACAGCACACUUUCGGUGCCCCGCGUACCCGGCGAUGUAUCACCUGUGACCCAACAUAAUGCACAUGCCGGGCCAGGGAACCAGAAGACGACCGCGGAGGAUGCGAGCAGGAUAGAUGUCGGUAGCAUUCCGGAUAGUAUUCUCAGUGGAGGCUCCAUUGCGCCCAAACUGGAGAACGCGACGAUCAAAGCCGAACUCGGCCGCGCCUCCUGGAAACUAUUCCACACGAUGAUGGCCCGCUUCCCCGAGAAGCCUACCGAGGACGAUAGCCUCGCCCUCAAGACCUACAUCCAGCUCUUCGCGAGGUUAUACCCCUGCGGAGACUGCGCCGUCCACUUCCGGGGCCUGCUGGCCAAGUACCCGCCUCAGACGGGCUCGAGGAACGCGGCCGCCGGAUGGGCGUGUUUCAUGCAUAACCUGGUGAACGAGAGGUUGCACAAGCCCGAGUUCGACUGUACCAAGAUUGGUGAUUUCUACGAUUGUGGGUGUGGUGAGGAGGGGCAUAAGGAGGGGGAGGUCGAGGGAGAGAAGAAGGAGGAGGACGAGGAACCGGAUAAGGCUGAAUUACAAUAG